CUUGAGUUGUGAACGCGCAUGCGCACUCCACGUUCAGUGAGCUCGUUGGCGCGCCUACUUCUAGCACGCGCACCUUGCAGGAAACAUCACCCCCAGCGCAGCCCCGCGCACCUUGUCCAGCAGCAGUUGGGUUGGAUGGCAGGGAGUGAGCGCAAAGACCCGCCCCAUCUGCAGCAGCGGUACACGUCCUGGUAGAUUAAAUACUGAACAAAAAUAAGAUUGGAAAAAGACGGUGAGAAGUGUCUGUGAAAGGUCCUCCUGGAGGAUAGUCGUCAAGGUCAUGAAAAUGUGAGAAACUGAAAUGAUAACGUUUCCAUAAGUUGUGACCAUAUACGAGUUGGCACCUGUGUCCAGUAAUCACUAGUCUUCAGGCAUCCUGUCAAUGGCAACCCAAAAGAGGCUCUUGGUAAAAGAUUUCAAUCCUUUUAUCAUGUGCUACAUCUGCAAAGGUUACCUUAUCAAGCCAACCACAGUCACAGAGUGUCUGCAUACCUUUUGUAAGAGUUGUAUUGUACAACAUUUUGAAGAAAGCAACGAUUGCCCCAAAUGUGGCAACCAGGUGCAUGAAACCAAUCCUUUAGAAAUGCUGAGGUUGGACAACACUCUAGAAGAAAUCAUAUUUAAAUUAGUUCCAGGAUUACGUGAAGCGGAACAGAAUCGUGAAUUAGAAUUCUGGAAGAGAAAACGGCCACAAGAGAAUGGAGAUGGAAUCCCAAAGGAGAAAAAACGCAAAGAUGAUGAAGAGGAAAAUGAUGAAAAUAGAGACUAUCAUAGAAGUGAUCCACAAAUUGCCAUCUGCCUUGAUUGCUUACGACAUAAUGGCCAGUCAGGCGACAAUAUAGUUAAGGGGUUGAUGAAGAAAUUUAUACGUUGUUCAACACGUGUAACAGUUGGAACUAUAAAAAAGUUUUUAAGUGUAAAACUGAAACUUCCAAGUACAUAUGAGCUGGAUAUACUAUGCAAUGGUGAAAUAAUGGGAAAGGACCACACAAUGGAGUUUAUAUACAUGACACGAUGGCGACUGAGGGGUGAAAAUUUUCAGUAUCAGAACAAUAUGGUCUCACUGCAAAUGUCUUUCAGCGAAACUGCCUGUGAAGUGUCAGAGGCAUCCACAACCUCUUACCCCAUGGUACUACAGUAUCGACCAAGAAUAGACUUUGGUUAAGUAUGUGGAACACACUGAGAACCGUGCACUAUAUGUUUACCCAUCGACAGAUCGCACAAUGAAUGGAUGUCACUAAACCAUGGACUCAAAUGAUGCCAUCUCUUUUAAACAGCAUGUUAACACGGACAUGGUUUUCCUCCAGUUAAUUCUUUGUUUAAUUGUUGUUACUGUUAUGAUUCUAAUAUUCAGUUUGCAACCAAAUAGCUACAGUUAGAUAUACAUAUUGCUCUACUUGCAUUGUUCGAGUAUACUAAAACCUCACAUUCAUUGUUGGAACAGGAGCAAUGUUCAAUGCCUUAGCUGACAAUACUAAAACACUUUUGUUUUUACCAUUUAUAAACAGUUUUAACUAUUUUGGUGAAGGAGUAAACGACUUACUCAUGACACAACUUCUGUAUUGUGGUAACUGACACCAGUACAGAACCAGCUUGCUAAUUUCUAGCAUAAUGGGUUUAUUAUAAAAACCAAAUACUUGCUUUUUUGACAGGGUACAAUUUUUGUUUCUGUUUUUUUUUAUAAUUUAAGUUCAAAUUAAUACCACAGGUUCCAUUGUCUACCUUUGGGGAGCUCCCUUUUUGCAUUUCUUUUUUAAG